AUGGUCGCCGGCUUCCGCCGUUCUAUGUCCCUCCCAGUCCCAGGGCUGAACCCUAGCAGCCCCGGCCCCAAAGGCCGGGCGCCGCUGGAGAAGGCCUGCCACGUCCGGUCCACAAGCCUCCCGUGCCGAUCCCACCCGGCCAUCGCCGAGCUCGAGGACGAGAUCCGUGCCCUCCGUGCCUGGCUGUCCCUGCCGGCUCCGGAGUCCGGCUCCCCGACCUGGAUCUCAGCCGGCCUCGCCCGGAUCGACCUCCUCCACGCCUCCCUUGACGACCUCCUCCAGAUCCCCCAGGCCCAGGACCCCCUCCGCCGCUCCCCCUCCGCCCCCUGGACCGACCGCCUUCUUGACGACUUCCUCCGCUUCGCCGACUCCUACGGCUCCUUCCGAUCCGCCCUCAUGUCGCUCAGACAAACCCAGUCCGAGCUCCACACCGCGAUCCGUCGCCGCGACGAGGCCCGCCUCGCGUCCGCCCUCCGGUCCCAGAAAAGAAUCGAGAGAGAUCUCGCCAAGCUCGCGGUCUCGAUACGGGAAGCGUCCAGAUCGCCGAUGCCAGCGUUGGCGGCGGAGCUGGAGAUGGCGGGGAUCAUGAGGGAGGUGGCGGUGGCGACGGCGACGGCUUCGGCGGCUGUUUUCUUGGGGAUUGGGGCGGUUUCCUCCGCCGCGUCGGCCGCGGUGGCGUCGACGUCGAGGGCGUAUUCUUGGGUGGUGGCGCCGCUGAGGAAGCUUUCGCUGUCGCCGUCUUCCUCGUUGAAGAAGAGGGACUGGGGGGAGUGGGAGGAUGGUGCAUUGGAGAGGUUGGAGGCGUUGGAGGAGUGCGUCGAGGUGUUGGAGAGCAAGAGCGAGAGGGUGUUCAGAAGUCUGGUGAACACCAGAGUGACGCUCCUUAACAUCCUCACUCCCUCGUUGUAG